UACACACACACACACACACACACACACGCUUUCAAGGCAACCCUAUAUUUUACCUAAUUGCCUUGAGAUCUUACAGCACAGGACAAAGAAUCCCAGUAUCAUUUGGAAGAAGAAGUAGAACAGAGCAGGGCCUGUAUUUUAAAACAUUCCAGAGAUGGAGAGGAACGCGAUGGGGCCAGGUGUAGGACUGCUCCUUCUCUUUAGCCUGGCUGGAGUGGGACACUCGUGUGUGGAUCCUGAAUUGGCCUACAGGUUUACCGGCAUUGUGUGUAGGCUCACAUACCCUGCUGCUGUUGUCUUAAAUGAAAAAACUACAGACGUUAUCCAGGCUGCAUUCCAGCAUGCCAAAUAUCCAAGUAUUGAGGGGGAGAAGUCAGUGUUAUUCAUGGGCAAGGUGAAUUAUGGAUUACACAAUCUGGAGAUCCACAACCUAUCAAUUGGAAAUAGCGAAUUUGAGCUGCGGGAGAAUGAAGGGAUUGGCAUCACCAUCUCCAAAGUAUCUGUUGUUUUUAAGGGAACCAUUACAUAUCUAUACGGAAACACUCUCUUUUCAGUAGGCCAGUCGCUAGAUUUUGAAGUUGACUCCCAAAUUGAUUUAGUCAUCAAUUCUAAACUAUAUUGUGGGAAAGGCAGAGUAGCUGCAGACACUUCCGACUGCUACCUCACUUUCCACAAGCUACAACUCCUAUUGCAAGGCGACCGAGAACCUAACUGGCUGAAGAAACUGUUCACUAAUUUCAUCACCAUCACUGUAAAGCUGGUUGUAAAGGGGCAAAUCUGUAAUGAAAUAAACAAGGUGGCAAAUAUCCUGGCAGAUUUUAUUCAGGACACAGCAGAGCAGUUUCUGAGUGAUGGAAACAUCAAUGUGGAUGUUGGCAUAACCUCUUUCCCUGUCAUCACCUCGAAUUACAUAGAGUCAUACCACAAGGGUCUAGUGACCUAUAAUAAUAGCACCUCAGUGAUCAAGGACUCAGUGUUUAAGCCAGACCACAUUUCAGAAAACCGCAGCCUGUAUUUUUGGCUCUCAGAUGAUGCCCUUGACCCUUUAAUGACAGCAGCAUACCACGAUGGACGAUUCGUCAAAAACAUCUCCGGAACAGAGCUCACUGGCAUGUUCCAGGCUCAGCUAUCCACAGACAGGCCUAAUUUAGUUGACAAGUGGCUGCUUUCUGGAGAGCCAUUGUUAAGAGCAUGGAGUGCAUCAGUGCCUCGUUUAUGGACCACACCGCAAGGCACUUCUGUCAAAGUGGUGGCUGCAGUGGAGCUCUCUUCUGCAGAACAAGACAGUCCUGCACUUUACUUUGAGACGGAGGUUGAAGUAUGUGUGAGAGCCUCUUAUUCUGAAAAGAAAGUCAUCCUAAAGACCACACCAGUGCAUAUAUUUGCAGCAAACAUUUCCAUCUCAGAAGGUGUUUUUGAGAUGGAGAAGAGCUUAAGUGUUUAUCUACAAGAGGCUGUUGAGAAGAUUGGGAUACCCAAAGUCAUAUCCUACCUAGAGGCAGCAAUAACAAACGUGAUGGACAAGCAGGGGCUCAAUCUGUUUGACAUAAUCAAUCCUGAAGUAAUCCCUUAUAAUGGUUAUGUCUUGGUGCAGAUGGACUUUGGUUUCCCAGAGCAUCUACUGGUGGAGUUCCUCAAGAAGACUCUGGAGUAAACACAGUCCCCUAUUCUGUUAAGCAUUUGCCUAAAGACAUAAAGAUCACAUUAGGUGAUGCUACAAAUAUAUUUACAUUUGUAUGUACAUAUGAUUAGUUUAAUGAGCAUUUCUAUAGUAAGACCUUUUUAGUAAUAUACUGUAUGAUUGUUUUUAAGCACCAGUAGAACAUUCUUUUCUUAUCUGUGGAUGUCAUUGCAAUUGCUGUAAAAUAAAAAUUUGCCAGGGGCUUUCAGAAGAAGCUUAAUAGCAGAAUAGAAGCUUUACUGUUCUUGACCAAGGUGGAGAUAUUUUCUAAUAUACGUUUAGUUAAACUUUUAAUAACUAUUUAAUAAUUCAAUAACUUUCAUAACUUCAAGACUCCCUUCUAGUAAAGACUGCAGAUUUGGUGGAUCUUGCAGCUCUCCAAGAAAGUUAUUUUUCAGUCUUGCAGGACCACUUUUCGAUUUAAUUGAAAUAUAUCCUAAAAGAAGAUCAACAAUGUUUAAAAUGUGUGUUUGAAAACAAAGAUUGUGUGAAUGUUGUGAAAUCUUCAAGUUGUUCUGGUGGCACUGCAACUAACCAUCUAACCAACUAACUAACCAACCAACAAAAAAUCUAACCGGCCAACUAACUAACUAACUAACUAACUAACUAACUAACUAGCCAACAAGCAAUCUAUCUAGCCAACUAACUAACUAGGCAACAAACAAUCUAACUAACUAACUAACUCUAAGUUAAUUAAAUUGUGCUAGAAAUGUAUAUGUUAGUAUAAUUUUUAUCUUUAUAUGAUGUGUAUUAUAAGGUAAUAUACGAUUAAUGAUCCGACUGAAGAUCUCAUCUAUAUUUUCAAAAUAGAUCCAACAGGAAGUAAAUUGUUUCUUGGACUUCUUUCACAAUAUUAGAUAAAACUAUCAUUUGUGAAAUUAUAGUCUGUCUUUCGUUAAUAAAUAAAUAAAGUGUAAUCAGUGGCUAAAUCAUGAACAUUAUAUUUUUUGUAUAAGAAAUACACAAUAUACACACGCAUACAGUGUACUUGACCACAUGGUGACGCUGUAUUGCAGAGUUGACAUGACCGAAUAAAAUGAAAAUAUACUUCCAUUCCGGGUUGCCAGAGGCGCAAUUUUUACACCAGUGUGUACCAUCAAAAUUCCAUUUGCUUCCGCUCUCAGGUUCAGUUUACACAUUUAUAUACUGUACUAUCUUUGUGGACCCUUGUGGAUCAAACAGGGAAUAGAUCAUUGGCAAGCAGUCAGGGCUAGCAAGGCCUUCUCUGCUGGCCUAGACUUUAACAGAAUCACAGACUUACUGACUUUACUAUAUUUUUGUCAAUAAUAAAUGUGUAUUAAAUUAUUUUUAAGAAAUUUAUUAGGUUGCGGAUACACAUUAGGACACUUACAAGACAGAUUAUUUAAGAAAAGCUGGACAUAGUGAGUACAAAACAGUUGUUAACCUUUUUAUGAACCAUUUAUACUUUUUUAUUUUCUUUCCCCCUAGAAUCUGCACAAAAAGGCACAAUUUGCCUAAAUUUUAAAUCCACAGGAAAACCGUAAUGCACUAAUAAAAUGCACAAAAAUGCACCAAAAAACCCAGGACCAUUUGAUAGCUUGAUACUGAUGUUUCUGCUAAAGAUGUUUUAUGUGGGUGGUGCAGCUGUGGCUGCAAUGAAAAGAGACUUGUUGAGUUGUGUUUAAUGGAUUUUUACUUUAGUAAUGCCAUUCAUUAUCAAUGCAUGAGAUUCCUGCCUGUGCUGCAGUGCUCUGUUAUACUACAUUUCUGUAUAAUAUUGAUGGUUUCUAUUGCUGUGACAUCAUAAUGAUGGUAUUAAGAGGUGGAUUGGCUCUGAUAGAACACCACUGAAGAUCUAGGUGUGAAAUGCAUGACCCACCACUGGAAGAUAUGUAGCAAAUAGCACAGAUCAUAAUAAAACAACAACAACAACA